AUGUCCUGCUUGGUCUCAUUGGACAAGGCUCCACAUAGCAUCUCCGAUACUGAGCUAAGCAACGCUCGCAGCGAGUUGAUUGAUCUAACAGAAGCGGGCUUUAAGCUAGACUGGUUGAAGACAAAGCUUGAUGAGGUUUCCUUGGAGAGGAAGAAGGCAAAUGCUAAUGUUUCUUAUGUCCUAGAACUCGAGGAACAUAUCAAGAAUCUUAAAGUUGAACUGAAUAAAGAGAAGGUCAAAUCUGCUGCCAAAUUUUUGUCACUGGAGCAGGAGGUGUCAGCUCUCAAAUAUGAGCUGAACAAGGACGCAAGAUCUUCCACUUAA